AAGUUACCAUAUACCUGUGGGCAAGGUAGCGCGCUGCUGAAAUUGAAUAAUGUUUUAUUCUUCAUCUAGAAUGAGGUGACUUUGUGCGGAGUUUGGAUAAAGACAUUGUGCCAUAAAACGUAUAGAACUUUUUACCUUGUGAUGCAGUAGCCAAGACAUCUGUGAGAACACAGAAAAGUCAACAAGAAAAUACCGAAGAAGAUAUCUGUGAGAACACAGAAAAGUCAACAAGAAAAUAUCGAAGAAAAUUAUAUUAAUUACAUAAAUUUAAGCUACUGGAAGAAGAAGAUGGGCUAAUUGAUUUUGGUUCUCCUACGGCACGACGUGCAUGAAACUCUCACAAACUGCAACUGCAUUCUACUUCUGUCGAAACAUUUUUGGACUAUUUAUUUCUUGGUCGCACAGUAUUUUAUUGUUGUCUUUUUGUAAUCGGAUUUCCGUUGAGUUCUGGAAACUACGAGAAGUGACAAUAGUGUGUUUUUGCUGAAUAAUUCAAGUUGCACUUAUGAAGUCUGCUGCAUGGGCCGCCAGGCAGCGGACAGAAUGGCUUGCACUUAUUUGGGCAUUUGUGUUCUCUGUCCAGGGUAGCUUUGUGGAACCUCCUCCCUCCUUCUCCCUGCGCUCCCUGGCGGAGUCGGAGACGCGACUGCCCUGCCACUACCAGGUGGGUGACGGGGAGCAGGUGAUCCAGGUCACAUGGACCAGGGAGCUGUCAGACGGCACCAAGGAAAAGAUCCUCACUGCCCACCACAACGAGGUCCACACAGAGGUUGGGCCUUUCUCGGGGAGGGUGAAGUUCGAGAGCGUCAACCCAGCCAAUGACUCUGCCCUGCUGCUGCUCAGCACCCAGGAGUCUGACGAGGGGAGCUACACCUGCCACAUCAGCACCUUCCCCUCAGGGAACUUCGAGAGGAAGGUCUCCCUCAUCGUUGAGACCACACACACAGCCCCCCAAUCAGCUGAACACACUCCACCCCCCCUCCCCCCUCCAGUGUUCUCUGUCCAGGGUGGCUUUGUGGAACCUCCUCCCUCCUUCUCCCUGCGCUCCCUGGCGGAGUCGGAGACGCGACUGCCCUGCCACUACCAGGUGGGUGACGGGGAGCAGGUGAUCCAGGUCACAUGGACCAGGGAGCUGUCAGACGGCACCAAGGAACAGGUCAUCACUGCCCACCCUACCGAGGGCCACACAGAGUUUGGCCGUUUCUCGGGGAGGGUGAAGUUUGAGAGCGUCAACCCCACCGAUAACUCUGCCCUGCUGCUGCUCAGCACCCAGGAGUCUGACGAGGGGAGCUACACCUGCCACAUCAGCACCUUCCCCUCAGGGAACUUCGAGAGGAAGGUCUCCCUCACUGUCUGGACCUUACCCAUCUCCUCCUUGGAGCCCGUGGUUCUGACGGAGGGCCAGUCCUACCGCGUGGCCGCCACCUGUCGUGCCGUGGCCCACCCCCCGCCACGCCUCUCCUGGGACACGGAGCUUCCCGGGCAGGCCCAGAACCGCAGCUUGGAGGGCGGCGCCAUCUCCGCAUAUUUCUCGCUGCAUCCGCUCCGCAGCAUGAACGGCAAGCGGCUGGACUGCCUGGUGUGGCACCCCGGCCUGAGGCAGCCCCGCAGGAUCAGCAACACCCUGCAGGUGCACUUUCCUCCCGAUGUCAGCAUCACUGGGCAUGAUGGGAACUGGUUCAUAGGAAAAGAAGGAGCUGAGCUCAGAUGUGAAAGUGGAGGAUAUCCCAAACCCCAGAACUUCACCUGGACCAGGAGGGGUGGAUCUCUGACAGGAGGAGUGUCUGUACUUGGAAACAGGCUGCUCUUUGGGCGGGCCCUUAGCUUGAAUGACACCGGUGUCUACGAAUGUGUGGCUCAGAACAGUGCUGGAGCAGGCAAAGCUGAGUUCACCCUCACAGUGACAGCUCUGCCCCCUGAUUCAGAGAGGAGAGUGCAGGAACCCACCGUCGACAGCCUCCUCCUUAUAGUCGUUGGCGCGGCCGCAGGCGCUCUGGUCCUCAUCAUGAUCAUCAUUAUCUUCCUGGUGCACCGGUACCAUCGACGCCGCACCAAGAACCUAGAGAUGGAGCUCGGAGAAAGGACGGAAGAGAUGAACACACUUUCCAGACAGGCCUCGUUCAGGAGACUCGACUCUGUUGGCUCAGAUCCCAGAGCACUGAACGAGGACAGUGUCUCACUCAGAGUCGACACCAGAAUGAAGCACAGCCAGCUGUCUUUAGAGGACCGGCCCCUCUACCGGGGAAGCCAGUCCACGCUCGGUGGGAGGCGGGCAGCACCGGGAGAGGUGGAGGUGGACCACUUGGGCCGGCCCCUGCUCUACCAGUCGAGCUGGCGCGAGGGCCGCGGGUGCGCGAGGGCCUCGGCAGACAUGGACGGAGGCUGGGACGAGCAGCGCAGGCGGAGGGUGGAGUCCUACCUGAGGAGCAGCCACAUGUCGUUGGACUCCGGCCUCCCCUCCUCCCAGCCCCAGCAGGAUAGUGGUGAGAGCCACACCCCCCAGGACCUGUCCCCACCGGCCCAGGACUGGUGUGGCACCCAGGGGCCAGAGGACUGGGCUUCCAGUCUGCCCCUGCCGGAGGGCGAUGAGGUGGACUGUGACAGUUCCUACCAGAUCUCAGAGGCGCUCUCCAACCACUUUGACUACAGCAACGGCUUCCUGCGGCCCAAACCUCACUCCAACGCCAUCCUCCUGCAUCCCCGGGGGCAGGUUAUAUAGGUGUACACAUGUACAAUUGGCAAAAUGUGAUGAUCAUCUUCAAAAUGUGGUGAUCUUCCCCACCUCACUGAGGCGUUACUGAACUUUCUAGGUGACAGGUCACCCUAAGUCGGCAAAUGGCUACCACAUGCUUUUUAUAAUUGCUUUGGAAAUAUUGUCAAAGUCAGCACAUUUGCCUAAUAUCUGGCCAUCCCUGGAACAUCAACCUUUAUUACCCAGGAUGCAGGCAUGCAAACUUCUCACCUUUCGGUGAAAUUCACCUUUUUGAAAACGAAAUGGGUAACCUAUGUGAUUCAUGCAGAUCCAAUGAGAAAAUAUUGGGGGGGGGGGGGUCGUGGCCAUGGCCAACACAGCAUGUUAGCCGUGCUUCGCAACUUUACAACUGGCUCUGGAACCAAUCGUCACUCCUAAUGCCUAAACCUCACAGCCAAUCAGAAGCAGAGUGGGGAUUUUUUUUUUUUUUUUUUUAAGUCUGCAACACUGAGCAGUCCGUAAUAGUUUUUUAUGAUGUACGCCAUAAAAAUUGCCUUUAUGGUUAAAAGAACAUGACAUUGUUUACAAGAGCACAGAUUCUACAUUGAUCUAGCCUCUUAAUUUUGGGGCGCAUCCCCUAGACAGAGGGGCGGGGGUUCGCCGUAUCCUUCUCACCUUUUUUUUUUUUACCCCUGACCCGUUUGCAUGCCUGAGGAUGACAUAACACUACACUGUUCACUAAGGGUUUACUGAAUUUCUGGGUAAUUUUAACUUACUGUAACUACCACGGAACUUCAUAAGAAUGAUGGUGUUUUUCAUAUAUUUGCCCCCCUUGUAAAAUAAUUUGCAAGAAACCUCCAGAAGUUACAAGUAUUUGAAAAUGUUAGGGUAUGGUUGUAGACUUGGAUGCACAACAUAACAUGGGUACAUGUCUGGUCUAUCCCAAUGUACAUUCCCAAAACUUUUACAAGUUGUGUAUCGAUGGGCAGAGCUGCGCCUUGCAUGGCAGCUCACCCCCGUCGGUGUGUGUGACUGUGUAUGAAUGGGUGAAUGAGAGGCAAAAAUUGUAAAGCGCUUUGGGUGCCGCUAAGGUAUAAAAACGCGCUCUAUAAAUGCAGUCUAUUUACCUUGCCAGACCGGCCAUCGCUUACUCGUAGACCAAUGUUGUGUGGGGUUAACUCCUAAUUCCCCAUGGAAAUAUUCUAGGAAACCUUUGCAGCUAUAUCUCCUGUGCACCACUGAACAAUACAGCCCCACAUCUGGAUCCUUACUGGAAGCACCACUCACACUUCUGAUAGAAUCCCAUACACAUUUGCUGUCAAUGUUCUUUUGUUUAUUUACACAAACAUUAAAUAUGAAACUGUC